AUGGGACGCAAGCCCACGCCGCAGCCGCUGAUUCUGGCGGACGGCAGCCCUCUCGACGACCCGCCGCAGCUGUCCGCCGAAGGAGCGUCGCAAGCCGCCGCCGCGUCGCCCAUCGAAGCCAAGUCGCCCAAGUCGCAGCGAACCUCGCCCUUUCCCAUUAGCAAGUUCGCCGUCCACAGAAACAGGCCGCCUCGGACAGGGAGGUCGCCAAUCUUGCAGCCACAACCACAACCACCACGGCCAGCGACCAGCACCGGUCCACCAGACGAGGCCACCCGCCAGCAGCAGCAACGGCAGCUGCAGCAGUAUCGCGCUCAGGCCCGCGAUGAUUCGGACCUGCUGCAGCCCUCGAUGUCGACCUUGGAACCUCAUUCAGCCGGACUGCCUCCCCAGAGCAUGCGCCAAGCCAUGAUGGACGGCAACAAACCAACCAAGCCCAGCUUUUUCCAGUUCAACAAGGUGCCCAAGGCUACCAACCAGCCACAGGCCGCACAGGCCCAUCAGCACUCCGAGUCGCGAGGCCAGCCAAUGUCGAGAGGGAGCGAUGGGGGCGAGAGGUCAGGUUACAAAGACCCAAUCACCACCGAGGACGGCCAGCAGAGGUCCAUUCCUUCUCAACCAUCACGCUCCGACCUUUCGGUUUCGUCUUCUGGGGAAGCUGAGGCGACGCCACCCCUACCAUCUAUCAAAAAGAACAAGACAAAGUCGUUUGCGCUCCUCGGCCGCACCAAAUCUGUUCGCGACAAGGAGAGCAACCGCCUCAAGCUUGCUGUCGCGCAAGUGCCACUACCAACACCAAACAACCCCUCGAUCCCCGAGAAUACCACCAACACGACCACUGCCUCCACCAGUACUCCAAUUACGGCUGCACCUGCGACCGCUCAGACGCCGACUGUGCCCCACGAUCGGGCACUGAGAGACGAAGGAAUGAAUUCGAAUCUUCGCAAUCGACCAGAGGACCGAGCGGGCGGUGCUGCCGCUGCGGCUAAAGAUGCUGCGCGAGAGAAGGAACACAAGGAGCACAAGGGACAUUCAUCGUCAAUACGAGAGACUGGCGCAUCAACAUUUCUCAGCGGGCUGAGAUUUACAUCUACUAGAGCUGCCGACCUGAUUAGCAAGGGGCUAUUUGGGAAGAGCACGCGAAGUGGCAGCACGACGGAAAAAGAGCCGGUGGUGGAUGACGAGCAUUACGUACUCAAAGUCAUCAAUCUACCGCUGGUCGAGCAAGCACGAUUGACUCGAAUUUCGAAACGACUGGAAGACUCAAGGGACAAGACAGAAUUCUGGAUGCCUGCAUUCCCAUGGAGGGCCAUCGAUUACUUGAAUUAUAAGGGAACCGAGGUCGAAGGUCUUUACCGGGUGCCUGGAAGCGGGCCUCAAGUGAAGAAGUGGCAAAGAAAGUUUGACGAGCAAUAUGAUGUCAAUCUGUUUGAGCAAAACGACCUCUAUGAUAUCAACAUUGUUGGUUCAAUGCUCAAGGCUUGGCUUCGAGAACUGCCCGACGAACUCUUUCCCAAAGAGGCCCAAGAACGGAUUGCUCGUGAAUGUCAAGGCGCCGAGAAGGUCCCGCAACUUCUCAUCGAGGAACUCUCGAACCUGUCUCCGUUCAACUACUACCUCCUCUUCGCCAUCACAUGCCACCUUAGCUUGCUCCUCGCUCACUCCGACAAGAACAAGAUGGAUUUCCGAAACCUCUGCAUCUGCUUCCAGCCCUGCAUGAAGAUUGAUGCCUUUUGUUUCAAAUUUCUUGUCUGUGAUUGGAGAGAUUGUUGGAGAGGCUGCAAAAACGAACCCAAGUUCAUUGAGGAGGAGUACCGACUAUUCGAUCAGCCGCCACCGCGAGGCCUUGCCGAUAUGCAGGCCCCCCUCCAGAACGAGGCCACAGAGGAUGUCAAUCCCGUCUUGUUACACGCCAACGUGCCCAUCAUCCAGGAGCCCAGUCAACCAGAAAAUGAUACGGACGAGCCGCGAAUCCAGUUAUCGAGAUCCAGCAACAGCGUUUCAUCUCAUAGGUCGUCCAUUUCAACGGCCUUGAGCGCUGAUAGCGAGGAAGACGAGAAUACCAACGACAUGUUUGGCUUCACGCAUGCCUCUCAGGGUACUGUAACUCGUGAACUACGCCCCUUGUCUCCUAUCCAGCCUCUGUCACCUCUCGGCUUCUGA